UUUCCUGUCAUGAACCAAAGGUAAACAAAGUCUAUGUAUUGUUACAUUGGUGAAUUUCACGUUAAUUUUAACAACUCGGACCAAUUUACGGCAUCCCACUUUGAGUCUGCGAUUGACAAGUGGACACAGAGCAGGAUUCGAUGAAACAGCGGCACAAGAUGAAACGUCAUUGGUGAAUUAGCAGAAGAUUUAUCUUGAUUGCACCUUGGCUAUUACAAUUCGUUUUGAUGUAUGUUACGUGUGUCAAAGCUAUUAUCAAAUGAAUGUCGAGAUACGACUCGUCUUAUCUACCGGGGAAUCUCAGCUGUCACUUUAUAACAUGCCUCAAAUCAUUCCGUAUUAGAUGUGUUUAAAAAUCGGUCUUCCCCUCUGAAGAGACCAGCACCCAAACUAACAGACGUGCUUAGACAUUCAUUGUUUACUUACAGAGAAAACGACUGGUUUAAUAAAUAUAUUUUAUGAUUCUAACGAAUUAAUUAUCACGAUUGAAUCGAAAUUCUGUUGGGAUUAAGAUCUGAGCGAGUUAAGGAGUUUAACGGAUCCGCUAUACACACACUGCGCCGUUAAUCGUCGCUGCUCCUUAAUGAUAGUUCACUUUAACAAUAGCAUGUAAGUAAAUAUAUACAUAUAGUCAUAUGCGUAUCGUAUGUCGUCGUAUUUGAAAAAUAAUUUUCAUUGUUGAUAAUCGCGAUGUGAUAGUGGGGUAUUUUUCGUCACGUGACCCCUCCUGGCUAUUUAAAUACUUUGAGAAAGUACACACAUGGUGACUGCUGGGAUGAUGAGUCGGGAUGUUUGAUCAUUCAUGACAUAUCGCUUUUUAUUUUUAUUUAAAUAAAGCAUACAGGUGCGUUCGGACCUGCAUCGUGUGGUGUUGAAAUAAGCUGUUUACACAGAAAAAAUGUAGAGAGUGAGUAAGACUACAGCCCAUGAGAAUCUACAGUUGGAUUAAAAUUGUUCUUCCACGGAUCUGUGGUAUAAAAAACCCCAUCAUGGAGGGAGAACGGACUUUCCAGAUCGUGCUUUAAGGAGCUUUAGUGUUUUAAGUUUAUUUAUAUGUGCUCGUGUUUAUUUCGUCAAGAAUGUACAGAUUUUUAUGGAUUAUUACUUGCCUAGUUGUUUUUCUGACGGUGAUCGCGGGAGGAGGGAAACCCACACUGUCUCGUACCGACAUACAAGCCGAGGGGAAGAAUUUAUUUCGGGCUUUAAGUAAUUCCAAUUGUAAGAUUGACUGUUCUCGGAAGAAAAACCGGCCCGUGUGUGGGUCUGACGGCGUGACGUACAAACACAGGUGUGAAUUAAAGCGUGCCAAAAGAUGUGACAAGAAGAAGGUCAAGGUGAAACGGAAAGGACCGUGUUCACCCUCAAAAGCCGAUAGAACUAGCAGUAAUUGUGUUCGGGAGAGAAGCGAAGCGCUGGAGAUCGCCAGACGGCCCACGUUUGGGGUCUACAUACCCGAGUGCAAGGAUGACGGUACGUACGCCGAGCGGCAAUGCCAUGUAACAAGUGGUUUUUGUUGGUGUGUGACCUCCGACGGAAAACCAAUCGAGGGGACCCCGGUGCACGGGAGAGACCCGGCCUGUAGAGGGACUAAGAAACGUAGACAGCCCAAGAGGGAGCGAGGUAAAUCUAAAAAGAAAAAACGGAGGAAGAGUUGUAAGACGGCGGACAAACAGAAAUUUAACAUGAACAUAGUCAAGGUGUUUACUGACGAAUACCAACGGGCCGUCCAAGUAUCGGGAUCCGUCUCAUUGGGCUCUGACAAAACACUGGCACGUAAAGUGAUAGAGUGGAAAUUCGAUCAACUGGAUAAAAAUAAAGACAAUAUUUUGAAACGCAGAGAAACAAGGACUAUUAAACGGAUGGUGCGGAAGUUGAUACAACCCAAAGCAUGCGCACGCAGGUUCCUUGAAUAUUGUGAUUCCGACCGUGAUAAAAUGAUCAAGCGGAAGGAAUGGUCAUUCUGCCUGGCCACUAAUACUAAUACCAUUUCUCGUCGAAUUUUUCUCACCCUGACGACAGACCCAGCGCUGAAGAAGCCAGUCGUUGAAGAACAAGAUGCCUCUCCCAAAGUGCGGCAGCCCAUCAUGGGCGAGGGAAGUUCCCGACCUGGCCUCAACCCUCGCCAAUCCAACAUUGCCGAUACUAGACCAGAACAGGAAGUAGUUAGAAAAAGUUGUUUGGAGGAGCACGCGUCGUCCCUUAGUCAACAGUCGGCGGAUCCAAACGGGGGGAUCUAUAUACCACAAUGUACCUCCGACGGCAAAUAUAACAUUGUGCAAUGUCACAAGUACUGUUGGUGUGUUAAUCAAGACACAGGGAUACCACUGAAAGGAAUAAAGGCAAUCUUGGCGAGCAAAGGGCCUCCCCAAUGCAAUAUUACAGCGGAGCGCGCCAUGCCUGGUUGUCCAUUCGUCAAAAAAUCGAGGUUUUUAACCAGUCUGCUGAGUAUGUUUGUGUCUGAAAUGCGGAAUGAUUCCACUGCCAGUCAAAGAAAUCCCAAAAGAAAUGAGUCUGAUUUCGAAAGAGCUGCCAGGUGGAAAUUUAGAAGUCUGGACAAAAACAACAACACGAACUUAGAUAGACGAGAAGUUAAAAAAUUUCGCAAACUCAUACCAAAACAAAAAGACACUAGAAAAUGUAGUAGGAAUUUCCUUCGAUAUUGUGAUGAAAAUACGAAUAAGAAAAUUUCUUUAGACGAAUGGUUGAGCUGCACUAAGUUAAGCGACUAUGGCUUAAUUGUUUCAGAGAGUCCAAGAAGAAAAGGUAAAAAUCCGUUAAGAGAAUAUUUAAAGCCAAGUUAAAUUUAGAAAAAAAGUCACCCAGAUCAAAACAGACUGUGCGGAGUGACGAUCCUCAGCGACGACAAACGGCUUCAGUGGAAUAGUGAAUGCUUGGAUACGGCCGGUAUAUUCCUCGCUACGUUACGUCUCUGUUGAAUAGGAAUCAAGUGAUCUCAGAAAGCCAACGUAAAUUGACGUCAGCACAAAACUGAUGACGUUUGCAGCAAUGUCAGAGAUAGUCCCAUGAACAAGUAUUAAAGUAUCAACUCCAAUCAAUGUUUAUUAUUUUGUUGAUUAUUUAAUUUCUGUGUUCUUUAUUCAACCCAUUUGAAAAAGAAAGAUGCCUAGUUCAUUAUAGUAUAUUAGUGAUAUUGUUUUAGAUAUAAUGAUGCGCAAAUUCAAAAGAUUUGUAGAGAACGCUGUGAUUUGAAUAUAAACUGUUGGUAAAUGGAAGUUAUUCAAAUGAUAUCUACUUUCAUUUUAGUAUUAUCUUACAAACUGCAUUGGAAAUGUUGAUUUUUUUAGUGUUCUAAUUGUUUUGUCGUAAAACAAUUACCAAUGAAAAGUAUGUAAAAGGGAUGUACUUUCAUGUCUAGAUAGAAAUUGGAAAAUACUUACAAGAUCCAAAGACAUUACUUUGCUGCACCUAAUUCGAAAACAAAAUAGAAUUGAAAAUUGAUCAAUUCUUUUCUCUCUAUUUUGAUAGCCAGCUCGGUAAGGUGAUGAAUUUCAUGAAAGUGCCUCAUACUUAGUAUUUGUACUGACGAUAAUAUUAGAAGUGUCCAUGCCAGUGGUGUGGAUAAGGCAUUGUUUUUGUUUUCAUGUCCAUUGAAUUGUUAUUUGUAAACGUUAAGAUGUGUUUCAUGAGGUUGCCAUUUAUACAUGCUUGUCUCUGAAUGGUAUUCAUCCAUUCAAAUAUUGUUUUAUGUCCUGAAAUGUACUUUAAUUUAAUAAAUAUAUUGACCGAC